AUGGGGUCCGGCUACGAUAACAACAGCGUACGAGACGACCACAUCCAUAACCCUCUCCAGCCACCACCGCCCCUCAACAGCGGCGGCUACCAGAUGGAGCGAGACCACAGCGAUCGCAGCAACCGCAGCAACCGGAGCCAAGGCCAGCCAUGGCAGAACGGGGGCGACGGUGGCUACGGGGACGCCGGCUACGGCCAUAUGGGCGGCCAUCCUCACCCACCAGGCUCCCCAGGACCUAGCUACCGGGAACAGCAACGAGGCGACCGUGAGCGGACACACGACCGCGAUCGCGAUCGCAGCCGAGAAUUGGACCGUGGGCGGGAUCGAGAGCUGGAGCCAAGGCGCAGCGGAGAGCGGAAGCAUUCACAGCAAGGAAGCUCAAGGACAGCGAGCGGCCAAGUGCGGAUAUGCAAAAAGUGUGGGGAGCAGUUGACUGGCCAGUUCGUUCGCGCUCUGGACGGCACUUUUCACCUCGACUGCUUCCGUUGCAAGGAUUGUGGCCAGAUUGUUGCGUCCAAGUUCUUCCCGGCCGACGACGGCAACGGUGGGCCCCAAUUCCCGCUCUGCGAAACAGACUACUUCCGCCGACUGGGUCUACUUUGCUACCAUUGCGGUGGCGCCCUCCGAGGAUCCUAUAUUACCGCACUCGACCGCAAAUACCACGUCGACCAUUUCACCUGCUCACUCUGUCCGACCGUCUUCGGCGCCCAGGACAGCUACUACGAACACGAUGGCCAUGUCUACUGCCACUACCACUACUCGUCCCAGUUCGCACAACGCUGCAAUGGCUGUCAGACCGCCAUUCUCAAGCAGUUCGUCGAGAUCUUCCGCAAUGGCCAAAACCAGCACUGGCAUCCAGAGUGCUAUAUGAUACACAAAUUCUGGAACGUCCGGCUCACUGCACCACAAGAUGUGAAGCCGGUCGAACCGCUCUCCGAGACCGACGAGGCCGCCAGCCGCCGGCGCGUUCGCGAAGACGAGGAGAAGAUGGAGGAGAAGGUCUACCGCAUCUGGAGCGUGCUCUCGACCUUUGAAGAGUCGUCGGCGGCAUGCAUUUCGGACAUGCUUCUGCACGUCAGCAACGGCGCCUACGUCGAUGGUGUCAUUGUUGCGAAGCGCUUUAUCAGUCACGUCGAGAUUCUCUUCCGCUCAGCGGAUCACUUGGAUGCGACCAUGACACGGUUGGACAUGAAGAGCCUCUCGUACGGCCGCGAGGCCAAGCUUUUGUGCAAGAAGAUUGUUGCCUUCUUCUCUCUCUUAUCAAAAUCCCAGGAUACCUCCGCUGCUAAGCUCGGUGUGACCCAAGAGCUUCUGUCUCUUGUCACAAGCCUCGCACACUACCUGAAGCUCCUGAUUCGCAUCUGCCUCCAAGGCGCCCUCCGCAUCGAGAAAGACCGAGGUGCACCCGACGGCCUCUACCAGUUCCUCGACGAUAUCAGCGCCCUCGAGGCCCUGAAGAAUGAGCCUGAAGAUAGUCUGCGGCAAAUCACCGCCAGCAUUUCCCGCCUUGCUGUCAACGACUCCGACCAGUGUAUGGUCUGCCGAAAGCCCAUCGAAGACGAAUGCGCCAAGAGCGGUGAGCGGCGCUGGCAUCUGGCCUGUGUCAACUGCUCGCGCUGCAACAAAGAGCUCGGGCGGACCCUGCAGGACGCCCACGUCAACCCCUACGACGGCAAGAUCCUGUGCAGCUCCUGCGAAAGCUUGACCAACGCGGAGAAGGCCGUGUCGUUCGAGCAAGUGACCAAGCUGCAGCAGUACGUCUUCCUCCUUCGUGUGGCUCUCGCACGGCUGCUGGACAUUUUACACAGUAGCGGCGCCCUGGCCCGUGCCUUGCAGGACGAGUCCUCCCAAGGCGGCGGCGGCGGCGGCAAGGACGACGAUGUACGGCGAAACAACCGACUCUCCAUUAUCAGCGAUCGCGAUCCGAACCGCGAACCGUCGUCCUACGAAACCACCCUAAACGACAUACGCCGCCUGCGGAGCACCCGCCUCGACAAGCACCUGUCGUCCAGCUUUCGAAAAGCAAGGACGUCGCGUGUCAUGGGUGGCCCGGAGGAUGCGAGCGCCCAACCUGGCUCGGCUGGAGCGGGCGCAAGUGGUGGGAAUGGCCCCGGCGUGCAGAUUGUGGAGGAUCGGAUGGACGAGUCAAUGGCUGAUACCAUGCUCGGGCGCCAGGACGCGCUGACACUGGAAGACAUUCCGCACAUUGUCGCCGCCGAGCAGGCUCGUGAGCAGCGCCUGGGUGGCUUUGGCCGCCAAAUCACCAACGAAAGCGGCGAUGGCCAGCCAGGUGAACCGGGCGGUUCGGGCGACCGGAAUAUCUCCGAAGGGCGAUUUGGCGGCGCGGCGCCAGGCCCGAAUCGGGCGAUGAGCCCCCAAAAGAUCACGGGCCGCAAGUAUUUUUCGGAGUUGUCGGGUCUGGAAUACUUCAUCGUGCGGCAUCUCGCCGUGUUGACGAUGCUCCCCAUGAUUGAGGCCGAGUUUUCACUCGAGGAGCUUUUGGGGUUCAUCGAGUCCCGGAAGCCUGCCACGUUCUGGAACAAGUUUGGCAAGGCCUUCAAGAACGACAACAAGAAGAACGUCAAGAAGAAGGGUAUAUUCGGCGUGCCAAUCGAAGUCAUCAUCGAACGCGACGGUGCAGACUCUACGGACGGUGUCGGGCCCGGCACGCUGCGCAUCCCCGCCAUUGUUGACGACAUUGUAUCGACCAUGCGCAAGAUGGAUCUGUCAGUCGAGGGCGUUUUCCGUAAAAACGGCAACAUCAAGAAGCUCACGGAGCUAUGCGAAAGGAUCGACCGCGAAGGCUCGGACAACGUUGGCCUCGGCCAGCAGCCGGUGAUCCAAGUGGCCGCCUUGCUGAAGCGCUACCUCCGUGACCUGCCCGAUCCACUGAUGACGCACAAGCUGUACCGCCUGUGGCUGGCGGCGGCGAAAAUCAACGACGAGACGAAGCGGCGCCGGUGCUUGCAUCUGACGUGCUGCCUUCUGCCCAAGUGCCACCGCGACUGCCUGGAGGUCCUGUUCUUCUUCCUCAAAUGGGCGGGCUCGUUCCACCAGGUGGACGACGAGAGCGGCUCCAAGAUGGACAUUCGGAACAUUGCGACGGUCAUUGCCCCCAACAUUCUAUGUGUCAACUCCAAGAUUCCGGCACUCGACAGCGACCCCAUGUUUGCCAUUGAUGCGGUGACCAUGCUCAUCACUUACAUUGAGGAAAUGUGCCUGGUCCCUGACGAGCUCGUCGAUGUCCUGAACGAUCCUUCGCUCUUCAACAACAAUGGCGAGAUCACGACCAAGGAGAUUCUCAAGCGCUUCGGCGACCGCACCAUAACAAGUGGACCCGGCCAGCCGUACGGCAAGCUGGGCGAGGUCACGAACCGCCAUGACCCGUCGACGCGGCCCCUUGCUCGGCGCGUCGAGACAGACCCCUCCGUACUGCAGGACGAGCGCAGCGUACGCCCCGUCCAGGAUGCGCCACCACCCCCUGGUGCGAACAUCCCGCCAUACAACAGCGCGCCCAACCAGAGCACGCCGACCAAAUGGAACCGCGGCCAGGACGACGGCUCGUUGCACCACGUAUCGCCCUUCCCGUCCCAGCACAACCUCCACCUCAACGACAACGUCGACGAUCAACCGCUCUACCCCCACCCACAAGCGCAGCAGCCGCCGCCACCCAUGGCAGCCUCUCAGUCGCGGUCGCAGUCCCAGCAGCGCGGCGACCCACGUGACCCGCGUGAUCCGGGGGACAUGCCGCCACGGCAGGAAUGGCGCAACUCGGGAGCUUGGGGCCGAGGGAACAAUGGAUCGGUUGGUGUUACCGGAGGCAUCUAG